GAAAGGCCAGAACACCAGAAGCCCAGCGUAAAAAUCUGCCGCAGCCCGCAGCAGAGGAAACACCGGGACGCAGCGCAACCGGCUACGAGCCCACCGGCACAGCUCGCGGACACCGCGCCGACAACGAGAAAUCAAAUGGCGCCGCUGUGCUCCGCUUCCCCGCGGCCGCUCGAAGCCCCAGGCCAGCCUCGCCGCGGCGCGCGCCCGCCGCGGACGGUCGCCGUGGCCGCGGGCGCCCGCGCCAGCGGCGCCGAGGCCCGCGCGUCGCUGGUGCUGGCCCUGGCCUCGCAGGCGCUCGCCGCGUCGCAGCGCCGCGCCGCCGACCUCGCCGCCGAGGCCGCCAAAUACGCCUUCCCGUCCCGCCGCUUCGAGCCGCGCACCCUCGAGGAGGCCCUCAUGUCUGUUCCCGAUCUCGAGACGGUCCCGUUCCGUGUCCUGAAGCGCGAGGCGGACUAUGAGAUUAGAGAAGUGGAGUCAUACUUCGUUGCUGAAACAACGAUGCCUGGAAGAUUUGGGUUUGAUUUCAACGGAUCAUCUCAGUCAUUCAACGUGCUGGCGUCUUAUUUAUUCGGUAAGAACGUAGCUUCUGAGCAAAUGGAAAUGACUACUCCUGUUAUUACUCGGAAGGGUGAGCCCAGCAGUGAAACGAUGGAAAUGACAACCCCGGUGAUAACAAAGAAGUCAGCUGGUGAAAAUAAAUGGAAGAUGUCAUUUGUGAUGCCAGCGAAGUAUGGUUCCAACUUGCCUCGCCCAAAAGAUCCUUCUGUGACCAUCAAAGAGGUGCCCAGCAAAAUCGUAGCAGUUGCAGCAUUUUCAGGUUUGGUUACGGAUGAUGACAUAAGCAAGAGAGAGUCCAAAUUGCGCGAAUCUCUUCAGAAAGAUACUGAAUUUAGAGUGAAAGACGGUUCGGUGGUGGAAGUUGCACAGUAUAAUCCUCCUUUCACACUUCCAUUCACAAGGCGUAAUGAAAUAGCAUUGGAGGUUAAGAGGAAUGAUAUAUCCUCCUGAUGUCCUAGAUUAACAAACAAAUUGUUAGAAUUUGAGAGUAUAUGCAAAUGUCCAUUGUCCCUGAUGUAUAUAUAUACCAUGUCUAUGUUCCCUAUUUUGUAUAUAUGUAGACAUAUUGUUUAUCACAUGCAUAUCAUACAGAAUUGUAAAUUGAAAGGAUCUUCUAAGUUUAUUUUAACUCUGGUCUCUUAAUUUAUUAGUGGUAUGGUAGCAUCAGUGCAGAAGUGGCCUAUCUUAUGAUCCUUGCCAUAAGGCAAAUUUUGAAUUGUAAACAAAAGCCUUUUUCUGGACAUCCGGCUAAAAUAUGGGCUUGUCCUUUUC